GUUUAUGACACGCCUUCCAAGAGCCUCCUGUUCAACACCAACGAGAGGGUGGAGCUGUUCGAGCAGGCAAGCUCCCACAUCCCCAACGUGCGGGUGGUCAAAUACUCGGGCCUGACCGUCCGUUACGCCAAAGAGAUCGGCGCGGAUGUCGUGGUCAGAGGUCUGCGAAGCGGAUAUGACUUCGAGUACGAAUUUGAGAUGGCCUUCAUGAACAGUAAGCUGGAGCCCGAAGUGGACCUAGUUUGCUUUAUGACCUCACAAGACUACGUGUUUGUGAGUGCCAGUCUUUUGAAGGAGGUAGCCAGGCUAGGUGGAGAUAUCAGGGAGAUGGUCCCUCCCAACGUGGCGGAAGCUCUGUAUUCGAAAUUCGAAAACCCGGUCCUUGAAGGGCAGUGA